AUGUAUACAUGUCAUGUCUACUACUACCAGAGUCUCUAGCUCCGAUCCAUAUAACAAUGGAGGAUCCUCCUAAUCCUUCUUCUCACAAAUCCAAACAAAGGGUUUUUCAAUCAACCCCAAGCUCUCUCCUCUUCUUCUUUCUCCUCCUCUCCACCACCACCUCCGCCACCCUACUCACAUCUACUCCAUUUCCCCACUUCGAAUCCACUUACGAUCAACACUGCACUCAUAUCGUCCCACGAAACCCCUCGCUUUCCGACCAAUUCGCUCCCUCCUCCCGUUACGGCGGCUCACCUUCUCCCUUUCGAUUAGGCUACUUCAGAGGCGGCGCUCCAUUCCUCAACCAAAACCCACCUGCCGACGGCGUUGCCUAUAAAGCCCAAUCUAUAAACUUCUACACCUAUAACUCCGUCAAAACAAACGCCGACGAUGUAUUCCAAUUCCAGGCGAACUUGAAUCUUCGGGACACUUCGGUAAACUCCACCCGCCGCCGUGGGUUGCGUUUGGUCCGGUUCCGCGGACCCAAAUCUGCGAUUCGAAAACGGCUUAGGUUUUCGCUUAUUGGGUAUUGGUCGGAAUCUUCUCGGAAGCUUUGUAUGGUGGGAUCUGGCUCAGCUGCUUAUGGCGGUAAUCCACACUCUCUUCGUGUUCUUCUUAAGCUUAAUUAUCCGAUUAAUUCUACUGCUUCUAUCUACAAUAGUUUGAUAACUGGAAGUUUAGAGAGUUUGGAUGAGAAUCAUUUUGAACCGAUUUCUUUAAUGGGUUUGUCUCAAGAACAAGAUUUGAGCUAUGAAUACACAUUGGUAGGGAAAGAAAAGGGUAUUGAAACUGAUAGGUGUGAAGAAAUAGGGGAGAGUUUAUCUGUUGAAAGCCAAGACAAAUGUUAUGUUCUUAAUGGAAUUGUGCCAAGGUUUGAUUUGGAUUGUAAUAGUGUUGAUUGUGAUGUUCUUGGUGGGAGUCUUGGAUAUGUACCUAGUCAUAUGUUUUAUCACAAGACUAGGUGCACUACUAAUGGAACCAAAUGGCAAAUGCUGUUGAGUUUUCCUAACUCAACCUUUGAUAGUCCUAGGUUUUCUUUCACACCCAGAUCAACUUUCAUUGCUGAAGGAGCAUGGAACACGAAAGAGAAUAGGUUCUGCGGUGUUGCGUGCAGGAUUUUGAAUUUUACAGAGUCAUUUGCCAAUGCUUAUGUUGGGGAUUGCACCGCGGGGUUUAGCUUGAGGUUUCCGGCGAGCUUUUCUUUGCAGAACAGGAGUACCGCUGUUGGAAAUAUUUGGAACACCACAAGCGCAGUGAAGAAGAUAGGGUUUCGGAGUUUCAAUGAAGACUUGUUGGGUAUUUUAGGUUACAAUUACAAGUAUAGUAAUGGGAUUGACAGUGACACCCUCAGAAGAACUUGUGGGAAAAAGAAUUCUGAUAAAGGAAGAAAGGGAAAAAAGUAUCCGGUUGAGUACUCGUCAGAUAUGAGGUUUGACAUGUCAAUACGAAACAGCAAAGGGCAAGUUGCAUGGGGUUAUUCAACACCAUUUUUUGUGGGCAAUCAGUUGUAUAGAACAAACCAGUUUUAUAGAAUUCCCACUAACGCACAACAGGUUAUGCAAACAACAUCUUCCAUUCUGCCAAAAAGUAGCCAAAGCAGCCUAAUGAACAUAAGCUACAGGAUGAGCUUGACACUACCACCUGAUUUCAAGCUCCGUCGUGAUGGUUUUUCGUCAAAUAUGGAAAUUUCUGCUGAAGGAACUUACGAUAGGGAUACCGGUGUGCUAUGCAUGAGAGGAUGUCGAAAUCUCGCAUCAAAAACUCAAAAUGUAGUUAUAAAUGAUACAUUAGAUUGUAAUGUUACAGUGUAUGUUCAGUUUUCUCCGUUAAAAGCAAAUAGUGGCAAAAACAUCAAGGGUAGUAUUGAAAGUACAAGGCAGAACUCGGAUCCUUUCUACUUUGAACGUCUGGAAUUGUCUUCUAAUUCUUUGUACACUGGCCAAGCUGCAGCCUCCAUUUGGAGAAUGGACCUGGAGAUAACACUAGUUCUCAUAUCAAAUACACUCACUUGUGUUCUUGUGGGGUUACAGCUCUUUCAUGUAAAAUCACACCCUAAUGCCCUUCCAUUCAUUUCAAUCAUAAUGCUUGUUGUACUCACCAUGGGAAACAUGAUUCCUCUGCUGCUUAACUUUGAAGCAUUGUUCGUCGCGAAACGCAGCCAGCAGAAUGUCUUUCUCGGAAGUGGUGGAUGGCUUGAAGUGAACGAAGUAAUCGUCAGAAUAGUAACCAUGGUAGCCUUCCUUUUCCAGCUACGCCUUCUCCAACUAACUUGGUCCUCAAGACAAGAAAAUGAAAGUAAGAAAACCUUGUGGAGCUCUGAAAGCAAGGUUUUCUAUAUUACUCUACCAGUUUAUGUUGGUGGGGCAUUGAUUGCUUGGCUUAUCAACCACUUGAAGAACUCAUAUGGGAUUUCUUCACACCGGCACAAAUUCUACAUAGUGUCUCCUACUCCUAGACCGAUUCAUGUGCAUUCCCUUUGGGAGGACCUUAAAUCGUAUGCCGGGCUGGCCUUAGACGGCUUCCUUCUCCCUCAGAUACUCUUCAACAUUUUCUCCAAUUCAGGUGAAAUGGCAAUAUCUCCACUGUUUUACACAGGAACAACACUGGUUCGUCUUCUGCCUCAUGCAUAUGAUCUUUACAGGGCUCAUGCUUAUGCAUCAUUAUCAUAUUUGGAUAUGUCUUACAUUUAUGCAAGCCAUAAAAUGGAUUUGUAUUCGACUGCCUGGAACAUUGUCAUCCCUCUUGGUGGUCUGCUGUUUGUUCUUCUCAUUUUCUUCCAGCAGAAGUUUGGUGGCCGUUGCAUUUUGCCAAGAAGAUUUAGACAUAAUAGUUCUUCUGUAUAUGAGAAAGUGCCUGUUGUAGUUAUAGGCAACGAUGAUUUAUGACUCCUGUGAUUUGGAGUUUUCUUUUUUGGGAACUGUUUGUUACAUUUGAAGAAAUUCAUAGAUAGAUAUUACAGAGGAUGGACCACA